AUGCGGGUGCAGAUCGAGGGAGACAGCAACACCACGAUCGAGUGGCUCAACGGGCGCUGGGACAUGAAGAACCCAAGGCUGGCGCCGGCACUAGCUCGAGCGCGCCGGAGUCUGUACGUGGCUUGGGGGACGGGCAGAGUGAAUGUCGCAACGGACGGGGCAGACUGGGCUCGGCACAUCUACCGCGAGUACAACAAGGAUUGCGACGCCACCGCAACAGCCGCAUUGGAGCGACAGUGCGAGAUUGCUGCAAUCAACCUCGUGCCGUGGGAGCUAUUAAGGGGGCAUGCGGAGGCAAACGUCGUGGCCAGGUUCGACGGCGGGCGGCGGGAAGGCAAAGCCGGGGCAGCAUGGGCUCUAUGGGUGAAGAUCGGCACGAAUAUGUACCCUUGGAUGGUCUACGGAUUCGGCGUGGGCAGCGCCACGAGCUCUAGCGCGGAGCUCGCCGCAUGUAGUUCGCUUUGCAGUCACAUUGAACACAUGGCGGAAAGGCUUGCCGCCUGUGGGAUGCCAGAUUUGGGCAUUGAUGAAGCCCAGAGGGUUCCGCGCCGUAUCAGGCCGCGGCUCGCCUUGGCUGAUACGCUCAUUGCUUGCGCUCCAUAG